ACGGUUCGACGGCUGACUGAGCACCGGGCCAAAUCUAAUACGACGGCGUUCAUUGCAGAAAGGAAGUGAAAACGCGAAAUUUGAUCGUUGAUACCGACGGAGUACCGGUUCGUGAACGUUGUUUGAAGAAGAGGAGGGAAAAUUCUUUCGUCAUUGACGGUGGGAUGCAGAGCUGUUGCUUGACGAACAAUAACAGUUGCUGCUUGACGAAACUGUGCUGCUCUCAGUCACAGAAGCUGUGCGAACGGCGGCUAUCAAUGACAAUCGGCGAAAACUAAGGUCUCUCUGUCUCCCAGCCACUCUCCUACAUUCUUUUCGAAUUGGGGGCGUCCUGAAAUCAAUGGAGUUACGCUAUUGGGCUUCCUAAAAACCCUAAGAUUUGGGGAUUUUUCUUUCAAGCUACCUCUGAAGUCAAAGUUACAGGGAAGUUUCAAAAAGUCGACGGCGAGGGUAAGUGAGAAAUCGCAAAGAUCGAUUGGUAGGGUAUUGAUUGAGAUCACUUCGACUGAAUUUGUCGGAGACGGGGGGUUUUAAUUUGGUCGCCGGGGAGGGCUUGUUGGUGGUGGUGAUCCCGUCGGAAACCUCAUCUUCAAAAUGGAAGAGAAUCAAUCAACCUCUGUGAAAGUCAAAGACGCUGUCCACAGAUUACAGCUUUCCUUACUCGACGGUAUCCAGAAUGAAGACCAGCUAUUUGCAGCUGGGUCAUUGAUGUCUCGGGGUGACUAUCAGGAUGUCGUGGUUGAACGCUCUAUUGCGAAAGCUCUGUGGUUAUCCUCUCUGCAAGAAUUCUUUGCCUUCUGAUCAGCCUAGAAAUGGCCGGUACCGCAUUUCUCUUAAGGAACACAAAGUUUAUGACCAACAAGAGACGUACAUGUACUGCUCGUCCAGUUGUCUUGUUAACAGUCGAGCUUUUGGCGGGAGCUUGCAGGAAGAGCGAUCCAUGGUUCAGAAUCCAGCAAAACUCGCCGAGAUUUUGAGGCUGUUUGACAAACUGAGCUUGGAUUCUGCUGAGGGUAUGGGUAAGAAUGGCGAUUUGGGAAUGUUGAAUUUGAUGAUCCAGGAGAAGGCUGAAACCAAAGCUGGCGAGGUGUCUUUGGAAGAUUGGGUUGGUCCAUCAAAUGCAAUUGAAGGUUAUGUGCCUCAAAGAGAUCGCAGCUGCAAGACUUCAUCACCAGCAAAAGGUCAAAUUGCAGAUAAAGUCAAAUCGAGUUCAGAGAAGUAUUCAUUUGUCAAGUGACUUGGACUUCACAAGCACCAUCAUCAUUAGGUGAUGAAUGUAGCAUCUCUAAGUCUCCUUCAAGCUCGGCAACAUCUAGUGCGGCAGUGAAGGAUAUAGAAGGGAAGGGAUCUAGUGGAAAGUUCAAGGCUCAAUCAGUCUGGUUCAACAAAGAUGAAUUCGGGUAAAAUCUCAAGAACUUCCAACUCAGGCAAGGCUAAAGCGGUCAAGAUAGAUGGGAUCGGGCCAUCAAGACAUGGCUUCACCAUCAAAUCCUCAAAGCACUUACCAGUUUGAUCAAUGAUGGAGCUAAAGAGACCAAUGAAGUUGACAUCGGAUCUGAGUUUUGCCAAUCCAGGCUGAGGCCCUCUCUUAAGUCUCCUGGUGCAAAGAAACUAGGUCGGUCUGUUACUUGGGCUGAUGGGGAAGUUGGUACUUCCAAAAUAGUGGUCUUCAUGAGGAUAGGGAAAUGAAAAAGGAACUCCACCGAUACUUUGAUUUCUUCUGAUGCUACGUGCAAAGGAGAUGAUGAUAACAGUUUGUUGCUUGAAUCGGCCGAAGCCUGUGCAAUGGCUCUCAGGCAAGCAGCAGAAGCCGCUGUAUCUGGAGAGGUUGACAUUGCUGAUGCCAUUUCUGAAGCUGGGUUAAUCAUAUUACCUCAAGCAGACACUACUGAUCAUAACAAGUUCAUGGAAGAUGAUAAUAUGGAAGGCCAAGAGUCUGUAGAUACUAAGUGGCCCAGCAAGCCUGGUAUUCCUCGAACUGAUAUGUUCGACCCUGAGGACUCCUGGUACGAUGGUCCUCCAGAAGGAUUCAGCUUGGAGUUGUCCCCAUUUGCAACAAUGUGGAUGGCACUCUUUGGGUGGGUAACCUCAUCAAGCUUGGCCUACAUAUACGGGAAAGAUGAAAGCUCCCACGAAGAUUAUCUAUCGGUUAACGGGAGGGAGUACCCUCAUAAAAUUGUCUUAGCAGAUGGCCGCUCUUCUGAGAUCAAACGAACUGUCGAGGGUUGUCUAGCUCGGGCCUUACCUGCUGUGGUCACCGAUCUGAGGCUACCAAUACCAAAUUCUACCUUGGAGCAAGGAGUGGGACGUCUGUUGAACACGAUGGGAUUCACGGAUGCAAUUCCAGCACUCAGAAUGAAACAAUGGCAAGUGAUAGCUAUUCUGUUCCUGGAAGCUCUAUCUAUAUGUCGGAUCCCGGCUCUUGCCGCUCACAUCAGCAAUAGGAGGGGGGUAAUCCACCAGGUGUUGGAGGGUGCUCGUAUUGGUACAGAAGACUAUGCAGUGAUGAAAGAUUUAAUGACGCCUUUGGGGCGACUACCUGAUUUUGCAUCACAGAGUGGAGCCUAGUUAUUGUCUAACGAGUAUAACUGGACAGCUUCCAACGAUCCUUCCGAAAGUCGGAUCGCACUAGAACGAGUGUUUUUGCUUCGAGGUUGUUGAUUGAUUAACUUCUGGUUGGUUGCCAUCUCGUGUCCUUCAACUAGAACAUCAACACAUACUAUUAAGUAGAAACCGAACCAUGGAGGGAGUUUUGAAGUCGAAUUGUCCACCGCAACACCUUCUAUCUAAACUUUCGAUUCGUCGCACUGUAAUGAGAUUUCGAAUAUACGAACAGCUGGAUUGAAUGUCAUGUCUCCAAGACUAACGAUUUCAAUGAAUACUAGAGUAUAACAAUAAAUUUGUGAUGAA